AUGUCUCAGAUUGAUGAUAAACUGGGGAAUGCCGCACAGACCUCAGAUCCUGUCUCAUCGUCAACAAAUCCGCUUCAAAGUUUGAGUACCGAAAAGCGUCAACUUUUGACAAAUUUGUUGCUCCUUUUGACUGCCCAACAUCGUCAGCAGAAACUGGCGAACCGCCAAAUCGAAACGGCUUCGACUAGUCAACAAUAUCCACCAGUUAGGUCCGAGUUCGAUUGUCGACCCUUCAAGGGUCCAAAAACACCACCCACUCCAAUCCAACCACCAUUGCCACCUUCGCCACUUACACCACCAUCACUGUCACAACGGGACUAUGCAUCGCACUCAGGUCUCGGGUUCAGGAGGCGUCCAGGCCAAUACCGCCAAUUCUAUCGACCACUUGGAUCCCCCCGAAGGCAGCGAAGUUUUAGGGAACCGCUGGAAUCGAGACGCAGGCCGCCAAGACCUCAAAUUAGGCGGGACUAUACCGAUGAUUCUGUGAUGUCUCGACUCCGAAUGCGAUCUGUAGUGAAUGUGGUUGUUGGCAGACAACGUCAGCGGUCGUUCUCAACAGGCCGAUCUUCAUGCAGUUGUGCAGAUUGUGAGGAGAGGAAGAAAAGGCAAGAGAGAGAAGACGAGGAGGUGGACAGUUGUGCUCGAACGCGACCUUACCAAGCAAAGAUCAGAAACCGAGAUUCUAUCGUCAUAGAACGGCGUAUGGAGGAAACAGAAGUACGGCAAUCGGAGCAUAAGCGAAGAAGAGAAUGGAUACCGCAGGGCACCUAUCGGCGCCAGCUGCCGUGGCAGCGAAGGCGCCAAGGUGAUGGGCCAAGUCAGAUGUCGGACUUUGGAAGGCAUGGAAGAUUUGUAGACGACAGGACGGCUGGAAGGCGUGGCAGGCAGGGUGGAUGGGUAAGGGAGAGAGAAUGGGAUAAAGGGAGAAGGUUUGAACCAGGUUGGAGAGGUGAUUUUUACUAA